CUCAUGCUCGGCGUGUGUGGAGUUGAGGGCUGAAGUGAGUAGGGAGCGGCGUAGCAGGUGCAGGAAUCAAAAACUGUCACAGAGCAAGAGAGAAAGAGGGUGGAGUCUGAGGUAAAAUCACUGGAGGAGGAGAGAGAGAGAGAGAGAGAGAGUAAAAGAGAGAUAAACACCAAAGAGAAAGCACUGAGAGUAAGAGUGGAGACUCAAACAGAGAGAGAGAAAGGCACUGAUUGUCGAAGAAAUAUUUAGAGAGUGAGUGAGCAGCACAGAGAAAGGAGAAAGGAAAGAGUGAGAGAGAGACAGAAUUAGUGACAAGGCAAGGCAGUGAGGGAGAAAGAAAAGAGGGAUUGUUAGGGGAACAGUUGGAGUCGUCCAUUCAAAGAGAGAAAGAGAGAGAUAGAGAUAGAGGAGGACAGAAAAAGAGGAGCGAACAAAGAGCUGGACUGGAAGAGUGUGAGCAUGCUGAGGAGGAAGAGGAGUGUGUCUUUCGGAGGUUUUGGAUGGAUUGACAAAUCCACUGUCACUGCUCUUCGAACCCGGAAGCAGGAGUUGCUGACCAUCUCCAAUGUUCCCCUGGCAGACUGCCCACCUUCUCCCCCAAGAACAGCCCCACCCUCCAUGAAGACGGCACAGUUUUUUGACUCCCUGGAAAAGAUGGAGCAGGUGUCAGAAGUGGAUGAGAUGAGGCCAGUCCCACAGAGAGUGAAGGAUGACUAUAUUCCAUACCCAAAUAUAGAACAGGUGCUGCAGCAAGGCGCACCGUACCCUCAGGUGAUCCUGCCACAGUUUGGAGGUUACUGGAUAGAAGACCCUGAAGCUCCAGCCAUAACACCAAACUCAUGGGAGAGCGGUUGUUAUUACGAGGAGGAUGGAGAAGGAGUCAACCCUGGUGGCGAGUUUGGAUACCGUCUGGAGAGUAACUACGCCAUCCGAGCUUACCGCAAGCACUUUCUGGGCAGGGAACACCUCAACUUCUACUGCACGGCCAGUAACCAUGGCAACCUCAUACUGUCCCUCCGCCAAGAGGAGACAAAGGAUCAGGAGUAUCUGCACAUCAUACUGAGGACUCCAUCAAGGACUAUUUAUGACAGGAUUUCUCUCGCAGGUCUGACCGAGCUCCCCAGCGUCCCUCAGUCAGCCAAGUUGCUUUGUGAAGACAUCGUUGGCCUUAGAUUCAGUCCUGUUUUGUACCCAAGGGGCUCUCAGUUAAUAGUGAGCUAUGAUGAGCAUGAGGUUAACAACACCUUCAAGUUUGGUGUCACUUACCAGAAGUUUGGUCAGACUUCAGAGGAGGAGCUGUUCGGGAACAGUGAGGAGACUCCAGCCUUCACAGAAUUCCUCCAAGUUCUGGGAGACUGUGUUGAGCUUCAGGAUUUUAAGGGGUUUCGAGGUGGUCUAGAUGUGUGUCAUGGGCAGACAGGCUCUCAGUCGGUUUACACUGUUUUCAGAGAACAGGAGCUGAUGUUCCACGUCUCUACCAAGCUGCCCUACACAGAAGGAGACACACAACAGCUCCAGAGGAAGAGACACAUAGGAAAUGACAUUGUGGCAGCAGUUUUCCAGGAGGAGGCCACACCGUUCGUGCCCGACAUGAUCGCCUCCAAUUUCCUUCAUGCCUACAUCCUUGUUCAAGUGGAGAAUCCUUGUACAGAGAACACCACGUACAAGGUGUCUGUCACAGCGCGAGACGAUGUGCCGCAAUUUGGCCCGCCCCUCCCAAACCCUCCAGUUUUCAAAAAGGGUCCAGAAUUUCGAGACUUUCUGCUGACCAAGCUGAUCAAUGCAGAGUUGGCUUGCUAUCGGUCAGACCGAUUUGCCAAGCUUGAGGAGAGAACACGAGCAGCAUUGCUGGAUAACCUCCAUAAUGAGUUGCACAGGCAGACUCAGGCCAUGCUGGGUCAUCCGCUCAGUAGUGAGGAGGAGCGCAUGGAGAACGGAGGACAUGGAGGAAUACUGGAGUCUAUUAAGCGGGCAAUGCGUGUGCGCAGUCACUCCAUGGACACGAUGGUGGGCUCUCAAAAGCACAGCCGCUCCUCCGCAGGGGGAGGGGGGGUGCCCACCAGUCUGAGUGGAGCGGGCCUCACCCAUAGCAACGCUGAGUGCAAUAAAACCUCGUCUCCCUCAUCAUCUACCACUAAAUCUCCUCUGAAGAGUCCAGUAAAGAGGCGCUCAGGACUCUUCCCGCGACUGCACACCAGCAUGGAUGGACAGUCUGAACGUUCAACGCGAAGUGUGCUGUGUGAUCAGAGGAGUCUGGACAGCGGUCAUCUCUCGCAGGAAGUGAGGUCAGAGACAUCCUCAAACCCCAGUUCUCCUGAGAUCUGCCUGGAUAAAGACAGGCCGACUCUGAAGCUAAAGGACUGCAGUGGAAGGCCAGUUAUUUCCCGCUCAUCCUCCAGCACCAGUAGCUUCAGCAGCGCUGCUGGAGACACAGACACACUGGAGGAAGGAGACCCUAACAAUCUCCAAGUUUCCCCCACUUUCUCGCCUGUGUGUAGUUCCUCUCUGGGCGUGGAGGGGCAGAGCGUAGGAACUCCAGUUAUUAUGUGCCGCAGUCCCACAGAUUUUAAAAACAGGAACUCCCCCAGAUCCAAUCUGAAGUUCCGCUUCGACAAACUGAGCAGCACAACAGCUGGGCAUUAGUGAAACAGCAGUGACGAGAGACCAGGAGCACUGUGUGAAGUCACAUCAGACACUGGCUGUGGAAUGACACCACAUCGCACUGAGGAGGAAGGACACUGGAGAUGAAAUUAUUUCUAAGGCUUCGUCUGCCUCUGAGGCAGCGUUUGUUGUUGGACUGCACACACUUUAUAAACACUGAUUACACACUCGCUUCAAAUUUGGAACAUUAAACCACUUCAAAUCAUGUUAACGUAGAACAUUACGCCUACGCCUUUCUCCUACAACACAAAGGCUUCUGAGAAGUUCCUAAAAGGAUGGUGUUAGAGCUUAUGAUAGCAAUAGAUAUAUUUUGUAGACAGUGGACAGUGACAGUCAUGCAAAUUAGGAUAAAAGCAUCAUAUAUUUUAUUCCAAAGCACAAAACAUUCUCCCACAUUUCCUCAUUUAUCUCCAGCCAUUGUUCAGAUUGUGCACAUUUGUCACAUUUUAUGCUGGUGGCAGGAAAGACAGCGACAAACUGCCUCUGCUAAAUCAGGGGAAUGAGAUGAGAAAAUGACUUCGUUUUUUUCCUCACAUCUAUUUCUAUGCUUAGUAAAGGGCAUGCAAGAUUCAGAUUCAAAGAGAUGGAAUACAUUGUAGUACAUUACUCAGUUGAGUCUGUUUUUUCACAUUAACACAGAAAGCGAUAAAUGGGGUCUAUGAGAAUGUUGUUUAAUUUUAGUUUCAGUACUGUGCACACUUUUAGGCACCUGUACAAAUUAUUAAAAAUUUAAAAGCUCCUGAUCUGGGCAAUAAGAGUUUAUUUACCCAAUAAAUUAAUACUAGAAUUAAUACAAUGAACAAUAAUCAAUACAGACACCAUCCAAAAGAGAAACAACAGGUGCGCAAAAUGAAGAGUCUAUGGCAUCAGUGCGUCUCUAUGAGUGCUAAGUUAAUUAUUCAGCUAUUAUUCAUAAUGCAGAAACUAUGUGGAGAUGCACAGGUUUAUAUUAUAGGGACUUUAAAUCUGAUGUUAUAAUAAAUAAUAAUAAUAAAUAAUAAUAGUUAUAAGAGUGAAAAACUGAAGUGUGGGCUUACAAUACAGGGUCUAGUAGCAUUAUAAAUUUUAAGGUAAUGUUAAAAAUUACCAGUGAAAACUCAAUAGACUUAAUUAAUAUUUUAGUACACAUAGAAAAUGAAAAUGUCUACACCUUUUAAAAUCAUAUUUACAAAAUUCUCCCACUGUGUGCUUCAACUCUCUCCAACACUGUUACAACUAGUGAGACUGUAUUAAUUUCUGUUUUAAUUUUAAUGUUUUAAUUGGCGGUAACUUUAGGAAGGGGCUUUACUCUUACAGCUUUAAAUCAGGUGAGCUUGAACUGAAAUCUAAAACCAAAUUGAUUUAAAAAAUGUUAUAAAUGUGUUAUAAUGUGAAAAAUUCUUAUUGCUGAGAUUAAAAACCUCAUUUUGUGGCUAAAACGUCGAGGGAAGACAUUUCUUGACCAUGUUAAACCACCAAACUUUCCAAUCUAAAGGUUUCCAGCCAAUGUCUUUCAUCCAUCAACUCAAACAACUACAGUGAAAUUGGGUUUAAAGCUAUUAGUUAUUCAGCUAUUAGACAUUUUCCAGCAUUUGCACAAAGUGGUUCUAAAGAGAUUAACUUUACUCAGUUAAUACUCCACCAACUACAGACCUUCUUAUACCACUCAUAGUAUUUAUUCUAGUUUCACAAGUGCUGUAUUCGAUGCACAAAACAAACUUGAGCACAGUAUUUGUUUAUAUCAAGUCAAAUAAAAGCAGAAAUGCCAUAACUUACUUAAGAUUAGCUGUUUUUGGAUAGUGUCUUUUUACAGGCUGAUGAAUCAUAAAUAUGUUUUACUGUUUGCCGCUUGUUUGGCCUCAAGUCGUCACUAUGAAUUGACCAAAUCUGCUAAUCAUACCUGUCAAGUUUUGGACUUAAAAAUAAGGGAAAUUUUCCGUCACCUGCUUCGAGUCGCCCACCAACCCAACCGAGGUUCAGAAUCCCUUAUAUUUUAAGACAGGUUUACAAUAAAUCUAAAUAACCACCUGGGAACAUUUUACAAACUACAAUUAGAUUAUCAAAAUCUGACAGGUCUAUCUUUGUUGACACUGAAAUGUUGUGGACAUUCCUACAUAUGUAAUUCUUAUAAUACUGCCUAAGUUAAACCCUUUUCUAGACAUUUACAUGAAAUCAUCAGCUUUUACAAAAAUGACAUGGACCAGAUAUAUUGCAUAAGUAAAUAUUAGUCCAAAGGGGCCUAAACAAUUAAUAAUUUAAUUAAUACUUCUUUCUAUUGAUCAGUCCAGUCCUGUCAGUCAGUUAAUUUCAGCCCUCUUCACAUUUUCUCUCUCCAGAUCAACCAUCUCUUUUGCCCCUUCUAAAUAUUAAAUUACACCACAAUACUCUUAAACUAGCCCUGAACUAAUAAAAUAAAUACAGUUUCGUUCAUUAUAGCUUACAGUAGGCCUGCAAACCUAAAUUAAUAAACACAGUUUGAAAAUGAAAUAGUUAUUGGCUGAUCAGGGCAGGUUGAACAUCUAAUUGUAAAGUUAAGCUAACUGAGUCACAAGCUGUAUUUUCUUAAGCACACAGUCGGUUUGAUCCGACUGUUUCAGAAACAACGUCAUCAUAGUUUACAUGUUUAGCUCCGUUACCUCGCUGUAUAUCCAGAUAUGCUUUAACGUCAGCUGCUCCGACUAGCUCUCACAGCGAGGGGGGCGGGGCUUUCCUACAUUGCGCUCCGCGAAACCAGGAACCUGAUUGGCUGUUUCACCUGAAAGGCGGGACUUUCUCCUUGAACCGGCACUACCAUUGGUUAAGAGACACACAGUGACCAGUGCCCUGUCGCCUCAUUAGUAAAGUUUUUUUUUAUAUAUAAUACGGGAAAUUUACUGGAAAAUACUAAUACGGGAGGACGGCGGGAAAGAGGAGUAAAAUACGGUAGUUUCCCGGCCAAAACUUGACAGGUAUGCUGCUAAUACAACCAUGUCUGAUGUUUUUACCCAAGAAUGCCUUGUUGCAGCUCAUUAAAACACCUACCUUCAUCCACAGACAUGACAUUCCAGAAGCUGCACAACUCUUCACAUCGUCUGUAAAAUCCACAUGGCUGGAUCUCGUCAGCCUUUCUGCAAAUGCAGCGCAACAGACCAAGAGUUUCAGUACCACUUGCAUUUUUAUUGGCUGUACUGUGUAUGUUAAUUCAUUAUUCCAUGACUGACCUUGCUGUACAAAUGUAGGAUGAUCUCACCUGUAUGUAUAUGUAUUGUGUAAAUUUGUUAAUGCAGGAUUAGAAAAUCAGAAUAUGGCCAAACAGAAUUUAAAAUCGCACAUGUUUAUAAACAGCUCUAAUGUGUGACACUGUUUUAGAAAGAAAAUGAAUGUCUGUAUAUUCUCUGGGAAAGAUGUAUAGAGAAAUAUUUUGGUUUCUUGUGGUCUAAAUGAUUCCUCAGAUGUUUUAAUUUAUUUCACUAUGAUUGUUCUGCUAUAUGUUUAAAUGUAUCUUUAUGACUGCUGAUUUUUCCAGAAUAAAAAUUGUAUUUUGCA